UUGACUCAAUGCCUCAAGGACCCAGACACCUCCACUGAGCUCUCCGUAGAGAAAAUCACGGAGUGUCUGAGGGGACAGUCCGCCAAGCUCCCGUUCCUGACUCGGAGCGAGAAUUUUCACCUGGACGCGGCCCUGCACAGACUCGCACGUGUCGGAGAGAUAGCGAGUACUCUCAGUGUGCGGAUUCUCGUCGAUGCAGAGACCACGUGCCUCAACCCAGCGCUCUCAUUGGUUACCCUCGCCAUGAUGAGUCUGUACAACCACAAUGGCGCCCUCGUGUGGAACACGUACCAGUGCUACCUGAAGGACGUGGAGCGCUCUCUACACCAGGAUCUGUCUCUCUGCGCUCACCUGGGGGUGGCGUUUGGCGCCAAGGUGGUGAGAGGAGCUUACCUGGAGCGUGAGAGAUGCAUGGCACUUGAAGGUGGCUACCUGGACCCCGUCCAUGACACCUGGGAGCUCACCUGUGACAGCUACACGAGGGUGAUGGACUCCCUGCUGGAGCUCGCCAGUCGCCAUGGCGACCGCUGCUGCGUCAUCGUCGCCACGCACAACGAAGAGUCGCUCAGACAGGCGGUGAGGAGGAUGAAGCAGUUGGGGAUUCCUCCGGAUGCCACUGCAGUUUGCUUCGGCCAGCUGCUGGGGAUGUGUGACCACGUUUCCCUAACCCUGGGUAACCAGCACCAGCAGCAGCAUCAUCAGCAGCAUCAUCAUCAACAGCAGCA